AUGCCGGCGUGGGGCAGUGUGGUAGUGACCUUCUCCAUGCUGAUGACGGCUGCUGUGGAUGCCAAGAUCUAUGAACGCUGCGAGCUGGCACUGAAGCUACAGAAGUCCAGCCUCAAUGGCUACAAGGGCUACGGCAUUGGAGACUGGUUGUGCAUGGCACACUAUGAAAGUGGCUUUGACACAUCCUUCGUUAACCACAAUCCCGAUGGCAGCAGUGAAUACGGCAUUUUCCAGCUGAACUCCGCUUGGUGGUGUAACAAUGGCAUCACACCCACCCAGAACCUCUGCCACAUAGAUUGUCAGAACCUGCUCAACCACCAUAUUCUGGAUGACAUCUUCUGUGCCAAGCGGGUCGUGUCCUCACAGAAUAGUAUGGCUGCCUGGGCUGCUUGGACCCAGCACUGCACUGGUCAUGAUUUAUCUAAAUGGCUCAAGGGGUGUGACAUGCAUGUGAAAACUGGCUCAGGAUAA